UCACGUGACGCUCUUCAGGAAUUACCUUUCGACAUUUUCAAUUCAUACCAGAGGAGUCGCCCCCUGGUGGUCAGGAGAGAGAAUGCAGCUUCAACACAUGAAGCACAGGCUUCUAUACAACCAGAGGAGUCGCCCCCUGGUGGUCAGGAGAGAGAAUGCAGCUUCAACACAUGAAGCACAGGCUUCUAUACAACCAGAGGAGUGGCCCCCUGGUGGUCAGUACGCUGUAGUAACAGCGGUGUUGUAACUCGUCCUCCUGGGUCUUCGUGGUUCCUCUCUGGUCUUAUUUGCGUUGAGCGGCCAGAAGUCAAACAUUAACUUUCUGCUCCACCAAAUAUAAAAGCUGCUUCCCGUGAAGAGCUUCCGAUGAGUCAGUUCUCCUCAUGACGCCCACGAGUCCAGAGGAACCGCUCGGCUCGCACAGAAAGCAGCAGCAGGGCUUCUCUCCGACGGCGUUAAAACGUAGGGAACAUAAGAGCUGAACUCCCAACGGAUCCACAAUGACGUUCCCUCUGAGCUGGCGGUCCGUGGCGCCUCGGGGGAGGAGCAGGACGCAGCUGAGGGGCCCCACGCAGCCAGCGCCGGGUUAUGGAGUAUAGCAGACUGCUGCUGCUGGUCGGACUCAUGUCCUCGGUGCCGGCCCGGCCCGCCGACUUCUGGUGCCACCGGCAAGCCAGGAAGAAUCUGGAGAGGAGCAUCGAGGGCCUGAGUGACGACCUGGUCACCUGCGUGGGUGCAGACACGCUGCCCUCCCCGGUGCAGCUGCCAUGUGUCCAGCUGCACGCCACAGAGUGGGCCAACACCACGCUCCAUCACAAGCGGGCCGAGGUGCUCGGCGCCCUGCGGUUGCUCCUGGACGGCGUUCAGGGGGCGAGGACCCGGUCCAGGUCCUCGUGCCAGACCUCGUUGUUGGGGAGGCUGGAGCGCCACAUCACCAACUACGUGGCCAUUGUGGGAGGGGUCCACAUACGGAGCGUCACCACGGCGCCCCCUGGCGGCGCGGUGCAGAACUGCUCCAGCGUGAGCUCCACCGGCUCCGUGCUGAAGCAGUACGGGAACCUGCUCAGGGGGAAGCUGGAGCGCCUCGCCGUCGACCUCCGGGACCUCGUCUGCCGAGCGGAGAGGGGGAGGAGGACGGCGAGGGAGGGAGCGGCGGACGGAGGAAACCACAGAGCCAACGCAGGGACCGAUGAAUGUUAUCACGACAACAUGACACACACAAGGAGAGACGCUUUGUGGAAAGACAACAACAACAAAAAGGACAAACACAAGCUGUUGACGCUCAAAGUGAAGACAAGACAUUCCUGAAAAACCUCGAAAAAUCCAAAAUACAGCGACGCCAUCUUGAAUGUUCGUGUUUUCUAACGAUACAUUCGAUGGGACCCGGCUAAUAAAGGUCACGUUUGGAGGGUUCAGCAACUAGCCGGCCCAGAGCCGUCUCCAUUGGGGGAGACGCUUCUGGAGGCCGCAGCAGACUUUGUGUUCACUGCCCGACGAACGAUGGAUGCGAUCCGAAGGAAUGCAGCGCUCUCAUUGGCCCAGCCAGCGCGAUCAUGUGACCGAAAAACAACACAAAUCCACACGAGGAGUCACGGCUCCUGGCGUCAAAACGUAAACAAAAACAAAAACGACAAAGACGAGCUGAGAGACGGUCAAAGUGAAGUCAAGACGUCGAGAGGAAAACCUCGAAAAAUCCAAAACACAGUGCCGCCAUCUUGAAUGUUCGUGUUUUAUAAAGAUACAGUAGAUGGGACCCGGCUAAUAAAGGUCGCGUUGAGGGGUCCAGCAACUAGCCGGCCCAGAGUCGUCUCCAUUGGGGGAAAAUAGCCACGGCGCGUUUCUUUUUUUGGGGUGGUGAUGGAGGUGGAGAAGUUCCCUCAGCGUUUGGACUGGAGGCCUCAGAACAUUUCACAGACAUGACUUCAGGGUCCGUGAAGCGAAACUAAUCCAUCUGGAGCGAUGACGUCAUGGCUCGACUUUAAGUCAGAACCCCACACACUCGUUUGUUUCCAUGAAUCUAUCCCUUUACCAGAGGAGAGCUCCGUGUGUGACUGAACUGUGUGGUUGUAGCGCCAUCUGGUGGUGCUGCACGGGAGGUGCAUGUUGUUGAGCAUCUGACUCUUCAUAUCUCAUUUUAUAUUCAAUUCCCUUCACAUUUGAUCUUAAAAUAAUAAAAUCUUUAGAACAGUUAAAGAUACACUUUUUGUUAAAGGGCCAGUGUGUAGCAUUAUGGGUGAUCAAUUAGUAGAGAUAUAAUAUUCAUGACUGUGUGUUUUUAGCUGUCUAUAACAACCUCAGUUAAGAAUUCCUGUGUUUUGUUGUUAUUUUACAACGACAACGGGUCCGCUAGAGCCGCCAUUUUGUUCUACGGUAGCCCAGGAGGGACAAACCGAACGCGGCUGUGAAAAGAAGCUUUCCUCGUUGUUACCUGGAGUUCUUUCUGUAACUGUAGCAACGUGAGCCGCAGAGUGGAGAAGCAUAAUAUGGCAUGGAUGGCCCCUGAGCGACGAGAGGGUGCAAUACGCGACCUCGCCACUGGGUGUCGCUGAAUCUCAAGCGCUGUCCCUUUAAAGCACUCAACAGCGCCCAAAAAAAGGCUAAAUACCCUCCCACUUCAACAGGGAUCCCAUUGAGUCGUGUAACAGAAUCAAUGAGUGCAUUUUUAAAGUUUUAAUUUUGAAGUUGAGAUUUUAUUACGUUAGUGUGAAAAGUUCGAGGAUGUCUGAAUGUAUGUAUAUACGGUGAAUGUAUACGGAGUUAAUUUGUCUGUUACUUUUAUAGAUGUUGAAAACAAGUAUCAUAUAUAUAUAUAAAUAUAUAAUAUAUAUAAUAUAUAUAUAUAUAUAUAUGUGUGUGUGUGUGUGUAAUUCUUGCAAAAUCCAUUAGACUCUACUCGUGAGACUCUGUUACGUGUGUUAAUAAAUUAUUUAUUUACCGAA